CCAGUUAUGAUAUGGCGCAGCAGAAGGAGAAGAGGAGAGAUCGGAGUGUGUCAUUGAAACUUCAAAAUAGUCGUUUUAAUCGUCACUCUUCUGUUCCUGGCCCGCAAAAAUUUUAAUAUCUAUUUUCUCGGCAAAAAAGACAAAAAAACGACAACGAAUAGCAUUUUUACAAAAAACGUUCACAUUCAAUAAUUUUCAGAAACGAAAGUCAAGCAGUUCAUCAGAAAGUUUAAUAGUUUUGACACACAGUGUAUGAUCGAGCAGAAAUACGUGACAUCCAGUUUGUGUGUGUGCGCGUACUUUUGUAGCGAGGAUAAUUGCUUGUUGAUUAUUGAUACGUCUCCAUCGAUUGAAAAGGAAGGACGAGAAAAAUGGUUCAACAAUAUCAGUCCCCUGUCCGAGUAUACAAACAUCCUUUUGCUCUUGUUAUGUUGGCCUAUGAGAGACGAUUUCCAACUUGUCCCCAAAUACCAGUAUUCGUCGGUUGCGAAGUCACCCUCGAUGAAGAAAGCCAGGAUGGCUCCAUACGCACUACUGAAAGAAGAUGCAAGCUUAAUGUCGAUGCCCCUUACAUUCUCAAAAAGAUCAUCGGUGUGGAUUAUGUCUACUUUAUACAGAGAAAUGUACUCGACAGAAAAAAAAGUAUACUAGAGAUUGAAGCUCGCAAUGAGAGUUUUGCAACUCGAGUGACCGUACUUGAGAAAUGUAGAUAUUUCAUUCAUCCGGAGAAUCCUAACUGGACAUGCUUUGAGCAAACUGCCAGUCUAGACAUCAAAAAUUUCUUUGGAUUUGAAAAUUCCAUGGAAAAAUUGUCUAUGAAACAAUAUGCUCAGAAUAUUGCAAAGGGAAAAGAGAUAGUUGAAUAUUUCAUAAAUCAAUUGAAAGAAGAGGGUAUAACGUAUGUAGAACCAUGGAAAGACCCAUCGAAAGAGAAAAAAUUGGAAAUCCAACAAGCUCCUGUUAAAACCGACAAUGGUAAAACUAUGCCAGAAACUGGAGAAGAGGGGACGGAAAAAGAAAACGAGGAAUCGAGUCUCGAGCAAAGUUCAGAGGUCAAAGCGAUGGGAGGUGCAGAGAGUAAAUUACCGAGCAGUAGAGACAUCCAACUAUCGUCGGAUUACAUUGAACGUUACCUGGGCAAACUGGACAUGAUGCAAGAAAGUAAAUUACUUCAAUUACGUCAUAGUAUACAAGAAUUGCGGGGAAGUUCGGUUCCCGGAGACGCGACACUUUUACGAUUUUUACGAGCCCGUGAGUUUGUCGUUGAGAAAGCUCGCGACAUGUUGACGCAAUCUUUGCAUUGGCGGAAAAAACAUCAAAUUGACAAAUUGUUGGAAGAGUACGAGACGCCCAAAGUCGUGAAAGAUUAUUUCCCUGGUGGAUGGCAUCAUUGUGAUAGAGAUGGACGUCCUCUUUAUAUUUUACGCCUAGGACAAAUGGACGUCAAGGGACUUUUGAAGUCAAUAGGCGAAGACGAGUUGUUAUUGCUGUCUCUGCAUAUUUGCGAAGAGGGAUUACUUCUAAUGGAAGAAGCAACCACAGUGACUGGUCAUCCUAUUUCUCAAUGGACUCUUCUUAUCGAUUUAGAGGGACUGAAUAUGCGUCAUUUAUGGCGACCAGGUAUUAAGGCUCUUUUGCGGAUAAUUGAAAUCGUUGAAUCCAACUAUCCCGAAACAAUGGGAAGAGUAUUAAUUAUUCGCGCUCCGAGAUGCUUUCCUAUACUUUGGACUUUAAUUAGCACUUUCAUACAUGAAAAUACGAGAAACAAAUUUAUAUUUUACUGCGGUAGUGAUUAUCAAGAAGGUAACCCUGGCGGCCUCACGGAUUACAUAGAUCCGGAACUGAUUCCGGAUUUCUUGGGAGGUCCAUCGGAGACUUGCGUGGUCGAGGGUGGAGUGAUUCCGAAGAGUUUAUACAGGCUUGAUUUGGAUGGUCCAUCGAGCGAACAUGAACACAGUUUGUACAACUCCAUCAGUCUCGGGCGUGGUCAGAUUCACCACGUGGCUAUAAAUACGAACGAUCCUGGUGCUGUUCUCACUUGGGAUUUCGACGUUAUGAGACACAACGUAAUAUUCACUGUUCUCCACGAGACUAAACAGGAUAUUGACGAAGUUACAGCAGCCGCGAUCCUCGAGCAAUCUUCUGGCUGUCAAGAACCAAGUUCACCAGUUCUCAAAGAAUGGAAAGAUGGUGUCGAUUGUGUCAAAGUCGAGCCAAGCAUUUUGUGCCACGAUGGAGAAAGUAUUCAGGGAACUCACAUUAUACAAGAAGCAGGAACUUACAUUCUUCAGUGGCAAAACGCUGACGAAGGAGAAUUUUUACCGUCCAUCAGCUCCCAUAAAGCCCAACUCAUGUACUUCUAUGAAGUAUUACCAUCCGUUCAUUACAGAGGCUCGAUGAUGAGUUUGCAAUCAGCCGUAAGUGGACGAUCGGUCGCAAGCUCUUCUCUAUCCAGAUGAGAGGUACACACUGCCAAGAACCGCGAAGAGGACGAAGGAGACAGCGGGAACGGCAACAAACAAAAAAGUAUGAGUAUCGAGACAGGGCCUAAUGAUGAAUAAUUAUUUGUAUAGGUGCGAGCUAGGAACAAAUUUUUUCCUUUCUUUCGUGACGAAGAAACCAACUUUUCACCAUUCCGACAGAAUAAAUUCAACAAACGGCCUUGUCUUAUAAAUUUACGUCCAUGUCGAUUGAUUGAAGAAAAAACAAAAGAAACGAAUUUUUUUUGUCGUGUUAUAAAAAUGGGUACGAUUCGAAUGAAAAAGAAAAAUUUCGAACGAUAGUAACUCGAUCGCGAGAUAUCAGUACCUUGAACUAAAUUUAACUCAAUAAAGGGUUUCUAUAUUAAUUUAAUAGCAAUCACGUAAUAACUAUUAAAAGGAAUCCUAACUCUUUUAACGAAUGACAAACUUAAUUUUUUCCUUUUUUAACAGUUCUGGAAAAUCAGGCAUAGUUAUUCAAGCAAACUGUAAAAAUAUAAGUCACAAAUGAAAUCUGACAAAUUCAUUCGAAUCAUUAUAAAUUCGAAAUAGCGAAUUGUAAUAUUAAUUGAAUUCCAAAGUAUUUAUAUAUAUAUAUAUUUUUUUUUUUAAGAAAAUAUUAUUUAACCAUUUUUCUUUCGAACUCCGCCUACGUCCAGUAAUUUCAUAUCUGAGCGGAAUUCACUGGGUGUCGAAGGCGCCAAGAAUAAUACGAAUAAACCGCCAAAAUAUUGCCUAAUUCAUAGAAGAAAAGAGAGUAUGACGGGGAAAAAUGAAUUGUUGCUCGUUAUAUCUCAGAUUUAUGCGGUGUUAAAAGGCACAGCGCUGUUGCGAGUUUGAACAAACUAUUUUCAUACUUAAGGAAUGGAUAGACGGAGGAGAAGCAAGAAAAAAACAGUCAAUGAAAAAUUUAUAAACAUUAUGAUCCUAUUGUCCACUCAACUUUAUCAGCGAUUUUCUACAUCGAAUACCAAGUUAUGAAUUUUAAAAACCGAAACUAUUUUUCACCCACGACCUGAAGAAUGAUAAAAAUUUCAUCCCAAGAUUUUUUGUCGUCAAUUAUAAUGAAAAUUCAUCGAAGUUAAAUUUAUCUCCAAAAUUGUCGCGUCAAUUUUAUAAUAAAAGAAAGAAGAAAGUAAAAAUAUCAUCGAUUCAAUCACUGUUGAAGGAAUAACACAAAUGUUAUAAAAAAUCUAUCGAUUGCGUACAUUCAUAAAAAAUAAAAACAAAUAUCAAUGCUAUCAAUUUAAUGCAGUCCACGGGAAUUAAUAAAACGUAUCAAUAGCACUGAUUGAAUCGAUUUUAUUGAAUUACUGAAGAGUUUAUCGAGUUGUCUCGAAGUAAUAUAAACUUGUAACAAAAAUAUCAAAAAAAAAAAAAUACUAGCUAAACGACGUAGCAAAUGGUUAAUUAAUUCCAAAAGUGUAGCUCUCUUUAGACAAGUAGUGAUAUGGGUGUGGUAAGAAAAUUUUUAGGUGUAAACAACAAAUAUUAUCAAGAAAGGCAUCGAAGAAAAUUUAUCAGUAUAAUCAUUGAAUAUCUCUACUGAUAUUUUCGCGGACCCAGUUAGUUGAUUACCUUCUUUGCCCUCAAUUUAUAUUUUAUUUAAUAUAUUAUUGUACUACGGAAAUAUUAUUAUCUAGUAAUCAUGGUAGCAGAGUGAAUUAGCGCAAUUUUUUUGCCUGUUUAGGCUAAUUAUUAUUAUUGUUGUAAGUAUUUAUUGACCUACGAAUAGGCCUGGUAUCCAAACUUCAUUUUUAAAUCCCGUAGACCCCCAUUUUAUAUAAUUCAUGGAAAAGAAAAACAAAAUUAAUCGCGUUAGGGUCUGAAAUUAUAAAGAAUUAUACUACAAAGAAAGACUAAAAAUUGACGCAUUUUUGUUUCUUACAUUCCAUGUGCAUCCACCGUUGCAAUCAUUCUGACUAAUAAUCAAUUUCCAAAAAAUAAUUGCAUUUUCAAACGGAAAUGAAGAAUUAUUUCUUCUGGUACAAUUUUUUUUCAUCCGAUGAAUUAGAUUAUUUCGAAAUUAGUGUGGGUGAUGUAAAAUAGAAAUAAUAAAAUUUAUGUUUUCGAUUUUCAAAUGUUUCGGGAUUCCCCCAAUUGACCCGUUAUAUUGUUAGAAUAUUUUGAGAACAACUUUUUUGUAUUGAUAAUACUGAAAAACAGCAGAAGUAUCAAUUAUUUUUGAAACUUAUUAUUUUCAAGUGGAGUUGGAAUGAAAUUUUUUUUGGAAAUUUGGUCAACAUAAUGAAUAAGGAUUCGACUGUCGUUUUUUAAAUUUUCCGGGUCAACGUUUCCACGAUAUUGUAAAAUAUAUAACUACAAACACACUGACAAUACUGUGAAAAUAAUUCACAAAUUUCAGCUAUAUUGUAAAAAAAAUUUGGAAAAAAGUAUGGUAAAAAAACAGAUAGUGCAAAUCGUAAAUUCAUGUCCAAUAUUUUUUUGUUAAUUCCGAAAUUUAAGAUAGCUCAAUUUAUUUCUUAAAAAUAUUUGAUUCAGAAUAAUUUCAGGAAUUCGUUAAAUAGUAAAAAAAAUUGAAGAAAAGAAAUUAGCCUGUUACUUCGUAUUAGGUCCGAGACUGUGCAUUAGGAAUUGUAUAUGUUUAGAAAAGAAUCUUUUAUCAUAGAAAUUUAGCUUGUAUUUAAGAUCAUUGGAAGACAAAAAAAAUCUACGAAGAAUCUAGUUUGUAAUAGGUGAACCCUGUUUCUUCUUUGUCCAGUAAGAUUCCCGGUUUUCUAAUUUUAAAAAAGCGAGCUCAUUAGAAUUUCCGUUUUAGCAUAACGCAUUGCUGUUAGAAACAAACACGAGGUGGCAGAGAAACAAUAAAAACCAAGAAUGAAACUUUCAA